GUUUGACAGUUGCACAUGCUACAAUACCAGCAUUACGGAAGCUACAGCCCCCAGUCAAUGGAUAAAACUUUACCGUACCCCCAAAUCUCUGUCAUAUCCUGUGUCUGAAUUUAUUGACCUCUCCCUGCCAGCCUACGCGAAAUACCUCCAUACUUCAAAAUCCGCAGUGCCUUUUUGACACAUUAUUUUUAAAAAAUGACAGAAGGGAACAAUAUGCCAGAAAACGAUGCAGCCGCCGAGACACCCGCCGGCAGCGAACCCGCAAAGGAGAAGCGUCCAGUGGAGGAGCAGGAUGGGGAGAAGGAGAAGACGGAGAAUAAGGAGAACGGGGACAGCAAAGUGGAUAUCCCAGAGAAAAGCGAGGGUCCGGGAGCCAAGGAGGAGGUUGAGUUUGUGCACCCCGAGGGCGGCUGGGGAUGGGUGGUCAUGUUGGCUUCCAUGUGGUGCAACGGCUCGGUGUUUGGGAUCCAGAACGCCUUCGGUGUAAUGUAUAUUUACCUCCUGCAGGAAUUUGGUAGCCCGGACGAUAAAGACCUCCAAUUCAGAACAUCAUGGGUGGGCUCCCUCUCCAUGGGCAUGAUCUUCUUCUGCUCUCCCAUCGUCAGCAUAUUCACCGACAUGCUCGGCUGCAGAAUUGUUGCAGUGGGUGGUGCUGCUGUGGGUCUGGUCGGCCUACUGGGUAGCUCCUUUGUCACGUCCCUGGGCCCCAUGUACUUCACAUACGGCAUUGUGUUCUCCUGCGGCUGCUCUUUUGCCUACCAGCCAAGCCUGGUCAUCCUUGGCCAUUACUUUAAGAAGCGCCUUGGCCUGGUAAAUGGUAUUGUAACAGCCGGCAGCAGCGUCUUCACGAUCGCUAUGCCCUUUGUGCUGUCCGCCUUACUGAAAAACAUAGGCCUAUACUCCACCAUGCGUGUCCUCUGCAUCCUCAUGCUUGUGCUGAUGCUGGCUGGCUUCACUUACAAGCCCCUGCUGCCGGUCAAACCGAAAGACUCCCAAACAGGCAGCUCACACCUAAAACAGAUUUUCAACGUCAAUAUCUGGAAGUCGUGGGGAUAUCGCAUCUGGGCCUUCGGCAUUCCCGCUGCCCUCUAUGGCUACUUUGUGCCUUAUGUUCAUCUGAUGAAACACGUGGAGGAGCGUUUUGGAAAAGACACCAAUAAGGAAGUUUUGCUCAUGUGUAUUGGUAUAACAUCUGGCAUUGGCCGACUGAUCUUCGGCAUAGUGGCGGAUUACAUUAGCGGAGUCAACAAAGUGUUCCUGCAAGUGGCGUCCUUCUUCGUCAUCGGUCUCAUGUCCAUGAUGAUCCCCCUGUGCAAUGUGUUUGGCGGGCUUAUCGCAGUGUGCCUGCUGAUGGGACUGUUUGACGGCUGCUUCAUCUGCAUCAUGGCACCUAUCGCCUUUGAGUUGGUUGGAGCCAAAGAUGUGUCCCAGGCCAUUGGCUUCCUGCUAGGCCUGAUGUCUGUGCCCAUGACUGUGGGCCCCCCUAUUGCAGGCUAUCUGAGGGACAAAAUGGGAUAUUACGACAUGGCCUUCUACCUAGCAGGAGUCCCACCGAUCAUUGGCGGGGCCUUGCUGUGUCUGAUACCCUGGGUGGAAGCCAAGCACAAGAGAAGAGAGAAAAAGGAGGCCGUGAAAGGGGAGCAGGACGCUGACCAGAAGAUGAUGAAUCAUGAAAAGGCUCAAGAAGUUGUGCAACACAAAGCAGGAGAGUCUGUCCUCUAAAUACCCCUAGAGAGAGACUGACAGAGAGGUGCAGGGGGUCAGACUGAGGCUGCUGCUGCUCAUUGAUAGUAUUAAGAUACUCUGUGCAUAUCUGUGUUUAACUGAAGACUGUUUUAAGUAGGAAAAAAUGCCAAAGUGUUCAAACAUAUCAGAGUCAAAUGUUGAAGCUGAACGUAAAUGUAAUCCUGAAGAACUAUGCAUCAGACUGAACUAAUCUUACAUCAGGCAAGCUUGAAAUUGUAGCUGAAAAUGGGGAAAACUGGACUUUUUUUUUUGUCACAAUAAGAGUUAGGCAUGCAGUACUGUGUCCAAGAUCAACUCUGUCAGCAGCCAUUCUCACUGGGCUUACAGAAAAACAUAGGAAACAAUUUAUGGUGUUAAUUUAAAUUAAAGUUCAUAAUGAACCAGUCUGCCAAAGAUUUAUAUUUAACCCUGUCAUCUUUAUGUCCUCCAGUAUGCUAUGUAAUCUGUUUUAGGGGUGCACUGAUACAGCGGUCGGUGUUGGUUGAUACCAGCAUUUCUGAAAAUAAAUUGGCAUAUACUGAUGUCCUGCCUAAAAGUUAACAAAAGCUGAAAAAAAAAACCCUGACACAAAUGAAAUAAUAUGCUAUAUUUGUUUUCCUGGACCAAACCGGGAACUAGAUAACAACAAAAACUAAUACAAAUACUGUUAUCUGCAGGCUUCCAGAUGCUCUUUAAGACAUCAAUAUCUGUCUCAGUACCAGUAUCUGUAUUACCGUUGAUAUAUGUACUGGUAUCGGUCCUUUUGACAGUCAGUGCAUCCCUAAUCAAUGAUUGGUGUUUUAAAAGACACACAGUAACUAUCGGCUCAGAGAAGUGCUCUAAAAAGUCUAGGUUUUUCUGUCUGACUCUGGAAUCUGAGCUGUAAAGAUGCUUGUAAGGAUGCAGCUUUGGGAAGCACAAUAAAAUAUGUCCUGUCAGAGAUGCUGACCCAGCUUCCCUUCCGAGGUUGGAUCUAGGAAAUCUGAUCAUUUAAAGGCUGUUUAACUCACCAAGCAGAGCUUGGCACCCAAAAGCUCUAAAUUCACCACACUGAGCCCGUAAUUCUUUUCCUUGAAAAAUUCAAAAUAAACUGCACAAUACAUUUUUUAAAUACUAGAGGUAGCAAAUAUAUGGUACAAAUUAAAAGUCAUAUAAGAUAAUUAAAAUGUACUUAAUUUUUAAACAAAUUUGUCUGAUGGUUCAGUAAACAAGAUUUUUCCUGCAAUUAUUUUAUAUUUCAGGCUUUAAGGGGUUAAGGUUAUUAUCCACUCUUGAUCCCAUGCUGUGGAGCAUCCCAGAAUUUAUGCUGCACUGUGUUUCCAAAAUUACCACUAUUGAAUUAUUAAUGAUCACAUUAUACAAACAUGAAAGCAUAAAGAGGGUGGGUUCUAUAAAGCCCCCUGCAACUGUGUCAUCAGUUAAUCUGCUACUGUAACUGAUUCAUUCAAAGAGGCUGCUUUAAAUCAAACCUCCUCAGUGUUUUAGAUGUUAUAUUUAAAGAAAUAGUUUUAGAAAGUAAAUAUGUGGCAACUGGUUAUCCUAAAAAAGGCACAGAGACUGGAAGCAGGCAGAAAAUAUUAGUCUGGAGUAGGAAAAAUAGGACUUCUAGCCACUGUGAAAGUUCACUUAUCAUCAAGUCAUAUCUGUUUAAAACUUUGUUGACUGUUUUCAGCCUAUCAGCACAUAAGAAGACAUUCACCACUUACAUUGGCCAUGUGUAUCUGAUGUACUGCAUCAGUUUGUUGAUUACUUUGCUCUUUCAAAGACAGCGGGAUGAAGAGCUGAACUGAACUCUAGGUCACUGGCCAAGUUAGGGCAUGAGUGGGUUUUGUUUUAGCAACAUGCUGAGUGGGCACAUUCGAAGAAAUUGGAAGAUGUUACUUUUUAAUUGAAUCCUCAUUCCUUUGUUAACUCAAAGCCUACUGCCAGAUGGGGACCGUUUUUGUUCAUUUUCUUGUAAUUUUCUCUCAUAUUUGAGUUCAUACUUAAAUUGUGCAGCAUUCAUUAACAGUUGACCAGUUCAUGUCAGAUGAUCUCUUAAAUGGCCCAAAGAAAACAUUGUGCAUUUUCCUUCACCUCUGUAUGAUCUACUCACUCUACUGAAUCAUUUCAGAGACUCCUCUGUUUGAAUUGUGGACGUGAGUCUAACUAAUAAUUGACUAUGUGACCAUCAGUCCCAUUAAUUAUUAACUCUGUCCAGUUCAAUGACAUUCAGUAGAAAGGUAUCUGUUUUGUGUUUUAUUUAUUUUUCACUUCUGGAGACUUUCAUGUUGUUAAAAGCCUUAAAUGAACUGACUGAAGACCAAACUGUGCACAAAUGAAAUGUUUGCUUGCCCUCAUUUGCCUGCCCAAAGCCCCCUAUUUAGUGCCAGUGAACCAAGUGAUGUCCCCCAUCACUGACUGCGGUGGACUGCAUAUUUGGAAAACUCACGCCGCCAGGGAAAUGAAUCUCCAUCAUAGAAAUGCUGUGGGUCAGUGUUUUUUUUUCCUCUGCAGACCUGUGACCCGCUACCUCAGAUGAUAGCAGAGCUCUGCUCCCUGUCUGUACUGUCCUGUCACCGUGAAUACGUCUUAACUUUGCUCUUUAAUGAAAAACAUGUUGCCAUUAUUUUAUUCUAUUUUAUUUUAAUGCACAAAGUGACUGAAACCUUCAGCAUUUCCAAUACUAUGCUUAAAUCACAUGUCUUAUCCUUAUGAUGUGCAUGACUCUUUAUGGUGGAGUGCCAUCAUAGUGCUAUUCAUUUGUGAGAGCCUCGAGUAAUUUCUCAUUGCCAUAUAUGAAUAUGAAUGCUUUGUUGUAUGUAUUCAUUGCACUCUAUUCGCUCUUUUACUUGUUUUAUUUAGCUGUUCGGUCAUAUGUGCCUCUAGAAAUGAUAUGUGCCAACCAAAGAGAUGCUUUGUUUUAAAUUGCAUGAUUUAUUUUUACUUGGUGAUUACUUUAGACCAAAAUCUUUGAGACAAUCUGCUGAAGUUUACACACCAAAGCCUAACAGUAUUUAGUUGCUGUUAUUUUGCCAUCUAAUCCAGCCACUGGCUUUAUUUGCUGCAUCUUUACUGCUUCCGUCCUUUUCCAUGUAUUCUCCCCAAAAAGUGUUCUUAAAUAUGAAUGUGUCUACAUUUCCUCUGUUGCAGGAUGUGUUGUGAACAACAGUAUAUGCAAUGUAUGUAAACACAAUUAAUUUUAAUCAUUUUAAAAACAGUAAAAAUAUUUACUUUUAA